AUGUCAUAUCUAGUUGAUUAUGAUUACUUGCCCCAUAUAAAGAAUUUUGCGAAUCAUCUAAUUAUAUUCACACCAUUAUUUUCUUACGGAACAACAUGUUAUAGUAUAUAUAAAAAGCAAAAUUCAGAUGGGUUUUCAAUUGACAUUUGUGCAACCAUGUUAAUGGCGCUGAUCUUACGUAUUUUCUAUUAUGUAAUACUGCCAUAUGAAAGAUCUCUUUUCAUUCAACUGAUUGUGAUGAUCUUCAUCCAAUGUAUACUAUUAAAAGUGUCAUUAACAUAUAGAACAAAUACUCAAAAUCCGGAAUAUCUUCAAAAUUCACCUGAUUUUAAUGAAGAGUUAGAAAAAAAAUGGAUAUCCAAUGAAAAUUUAUACAGUGGUUCCCUGCAAGAACAAUCUGAUAUACAAGAUAAAGUUAUGAAAUAUUCAAUUCAUUUACUCAAUUAUAUAAAUUUAUUAGGCAAACAAGCUCUAUACUUUUUUGAUAUUCAUUAUAAAAGACCAAAAUUAUUUUGGCAAUGGUCUGAAGAAUCAAAAUAUUGGACAUUUUUAUUCAGAUUUACAGCUAUUAGUGGUAUUCUUACUUUAAUUUUCCAUAAUAAUGAAUUUUUUGGAUCAAUAAUGGGGAUACUUGGAUUAUUUAUAGAAUCAUUACUCCCAUUACCUCAAAUUCUUUUAUUAAAUCGAUUUCAAUCAGUUAAAAACUUUAAGGUAAUUCUUUUACUUAGUUGGUUGGGUGGUGACUGUACAAAAAUCAGUUACCUAUUAUUCGGUGCUAACAAUAUUUCAACUAUCUUCAUCUUUGCAGCAUUAUUUCAAAUGAGUUUAGAUAUAGUGAUUGCUUUCCAAUACUUCCACUUUAAAAAAUUGAAUUAUUUGGAAAAUCCAAAUAGCAUAGUUUAA